AUGGAAGUUCACCGAUCAGUCUUGACAGUGACACAUACUGGUUUAGUUCAGCACGUUCGACUUCGCAAUCUUCAAAGUUGCUUUGCCACGAAAUUACAAGCUCAUACCAUCCGUUGGGAAGAUCAAGGAUUGAUUAUGCUAUUGUCAUCAUCCAGCUAUAAAUACCAGAUGGAGUGGGAACCAAAUUGUUCUACGCGCCCAGCUCAUUUACGCUAG